AUGGCGGAGGGCUUAGCAGCCUCCUAUAUUGCUCUGAAAUUGGAAAAUGAAAUGCUCCAGGCCCAAGUGCAGAGGCUGAUGAAAGAAAAUGCUGCCCUGCAGGCCCAGAUCCCAGAGCUCCAAAAGCCCCAGGCAGCCAAGGAGGAUGAAUUAGCCCAGAAGCCCACAGAGGCCCAGGAGCUCCCCAAACCCUCAGGGCCCCUGGAAACCCCAGCAGCCUGGGAUCAUACAAAUCCCCCAGAAUCUGAAGAGCCCCAGAAGCCCAGAGAGCUUCCAAUUGACCAUGGACUCUUAGCAACCUGUGUGUCCCAAAAGUCUCCAGAGGCUAAGGAGCUGGAGAAAUCCCCAAUGGCCCUGAAUGUCCACAGGCCCCUUGAAGUAAAGGAGGCCCAAGUGUCCCCUGAUACCAAGGAUGACCUAGAAGCCCAGGAGGCCCAGAAUUUAGAGCUCCAGGAUCUUUCAAAUGUCCAAGAUCCCCUGGAGACACCAGAAUGCCAGAUCUCAACACACCUGGAGCCCCUGGAGCUUUGCGCUCCCCAGAAGCCUCUGCAGUCUUGCAUGCCUCAGGCCCCCCUGGGUGUAUCAGAUGCCCAGGAGUUCCUAGAGCUCUCAGCACCUCAGGAGUCCUUGGAGGGCCUAAUGGCUGUUGAGACAUCCACUGCCUCAGAGUUUCCACAAUCCCCUAGUGGGUUAGAGGCUGAAGCUUUCCCCUUAGAACGCCCUUUAGCCUUCAAUGGGAACUCCCAGAAGUUUCCUGGAUUUCUGGUUCAAUUGAGAGUCAGAGGGCACCUGUAUCCCACUGAAGCAGCCUUAGUGAGCUUUGUCAGUAACUGCUUCUCAGGUGAGGCAGGAAAGUGGUUCCAGCUCUUAGUGUAUAUCCAAAGACCCCUGCUGGAGCAAUUUGAAAGUUUCAUACGAGUGCUCCGGGAUACUUUUAACAAUCCAGAAAACAUGGAAGAUGCCAACCACCACAUGCAUCCGGUUUGCCAAGGGGAGGAUCCUGUCCACCAGGAUGUGACCCACUUACACCUCAUUGCUCAAGAGCUAAACUGGGAUGAAAGUACUCUCUGCAUCCAAUUUCAAGAAAGCCUUGCUAGUUCUAUCCGAGAUGAACUGUCUCCCACAAACUCAGCCACUAACCUAUCUUAUCUGAUCACCCAGUGUAACGGCCUAGAAGAGAAGCUAAAUGUUAAGCCUGAUCCAAAUGCCCAAGGUAAAAGUCCCUCUGAGGAGAGAGGUAGGCCUGAGAAUCAACCAGGUGAAAACCGGCCUGUGCAGGCUGCAAGCAAUCGCCCACACCUCAGUAAAGCUGAACGGGCUCGGCGCCGGGAAGGCCACUUGUGCCUCUACUGUGCUCAUCCUGGUCAUUUUGCCAGAGAUUGCCCUGUCAAGCUUCAUCGUGCCCAGCCGGCGGGAAACAUCCAGGCCCGGCGGUAA